CGAAAGAGAGGAGGAGGGAAUAGGAGCGAGGUCGCUGUGGUCCCUCUCCUUCCUGGAUCUCCGCCGAGAAGAUGCUGAGGACAGCCGGCGUGCUGGCUCUGCUGGCGCUGGGGCUGAGCUCCGCUCGCACCAAAGUGAAUAAACACAAGCCCUGGAUAGAGACAUCGUACCACGGGGUGAUCACAGAAAAUACCGACGUUGUUCUGCUGGACCCUCCUCUGGUUGCACUGGAUAAAGAUGCCCCCAUCCCCUAUGCAGGGGAGAUCUGUGCGUUCAAUAUCCAUGGACUGGAGGCUCCUUUUGAGGCAGUGGUGCUGAACGGAACGUCUGGCGAGGGUCAGCUGAGAGCACGGGGCCUGGUGGACUGUGAGCUGCAAAAGGAAUAUACCUUCAUCAUCCAAGCUCAUGACUGUGGUUCAGGCCCAGGGGGUACAGAGGGCAAGAAGUCCCACAAGGCUGUGGUACAUAUCCAGGUCAACGAUGUAAACGAGUUUGCUCCAGUUUUUCGGGAGCCACAGUACCGAGCUGCUGUGACUGAAGGAAAGAUUUACGACAGCAUCCUGCAAGUUGAGGCCACAGAUCAGGACUGUUCACCACAGUACAGUCAGAUCUGUAACUACCAGAUCACAACCAGUAACACCCCUUUUGCUAUAGAUCGGAAUGGUAACAUCAGGAACACAGAAAAGCUGAGCUACGACCGCCAGCAGGAGUACGAGAUCCAGGUGAUAGCUUGGGACUGUGGUCAAAAGAGAGCCGUGCACAGCGUCCCUGUGCACAUUGAUGUCAAGUCUGUCUGCAAACCUGGCUGGCAAGGUUGGACUAAACGAGUGGACUACGAGCCAGGAACAGGCAGUAAGCAGCUGUUUCCUCAGAUGCACCUGGAGACCUGUGGUGAACCUCUGUCCUCAGUGAGGACCACUGUGGAGCUACAGACCAGCCACAUCGGGAAGGGCUGCGACCGGGAGACGUACUCUGAGAAAUCUCUGCAGAAACUUUGUGGUGCCUCAUCUGGCAGCACUGACCUCCUUCCAGCCCCCAGCGCCACCACCAAUUGGACGUCCUCUUUGGUGUCUGACAGCGGGAGGGACAGCGACUUGAUCUUCAGUUUUGAUGGUCGUCAGGCGGCUAAAAUCCCGGACUGGGUGGUCCCCCAAAAUCUAACCGAUCACUUCACCAUUGCAACGUGGAUGAAGCACGGGCCCAGCCCUGGGCUCAGAGCAGAGAAGGAGACGUUACUCUGCAACUCCGAUAAAACCGAGAUGAAUCGGCAUCACUACUCGCUCUAUGUCCAUAAUUGUCGCCUGGUGUUCCUGCUGAGGAGAGACUUCACACAGGUGGACACCUUCAGGCCGGCAGAGUUCCACUGGAAACUGGAGCAGAUUUGUGACAAGGAGUGGCAUUACUACGUCAUCAACGUGGAGUUUCCGAUGGUGACGCUCUAUGUGGACGGAGUCACCUACGACCCCUACCUAGUGACGGAUGACUGGCCCAUCCACCCAUCCCAGAUUGACGUGCAGCUAACAGUUGGUGCCUGCUGGCAAGGUGGGGAAGUCUCAAAACCACGGUUCACUCAGUACUUUCGGGGAAGCCUAUCUGGACUGACCAUCCGACCAGGCAAGAUUGAGAGUCAGAAAGUCAUUUCCUGUCUGCAGGCCUGCAAAGAAGGGCUGGACAUUAACUCCCUUGAGAGCCUAGAUAAGAGUAUAAAGUUCCACUUUAACCCGGCUCAGUCCAUCCUUGUCAUGGAGUGGGAGGACUUGGAAAACAUAAACACUGCUGUGCGGAAAGUUUCUUACAUCAACUCUCGCCAGUUCCCCACACCAGGUGUCCGGCGUCUGCAGAUUUCCACCACCGUCCAGUGUUUUGGUGAAGACACUUGUAUCACCAUUCCCACCAUUGAUGCUGUGGUGAUGGUUCUGCAGCCCAGUGAGCCGAGGAUCACCAUCACUGGAGUGGAGAGACUCAGACGACCAGCCUCUGACUUCAGAGCAGCAGGAGGCAUUUCUCUGUUUCAGGACCUCCACAUCAUCAGUACAGUCACCAGGGCAGACACCAGCACACGGCGUACAGGGGUUUUGGAGGAGAUCAUUCAUAACUUGGACUACUGUGAUGUCCUGGUGUUGGGAGAGGAGCUGAUCCCAGAGCAAGAAUCUCUCCAACUGCACACGAUAUUCCUGCAGGGUAAACACCUUGAUGCCACCAACUCCACCUCGGGCAUGUCCAUAUAUGGCGUAGACUCCAUGUCAAACUAUGAACAGGUGAUUAGACAGGUCCGGUACUACAACCUGCAGCCUGAACAGCUGACAGAGAGGAGGUUUCGCCUGACCUGCUCAGAGCUCAAUGGACGAUACACCAGCAAUGAGUUCAACGUCGAGGUAAACAUCUGGCACAGUUCAGACGCCGGGGAGCACAUCAGUCACAUGGUAGCCCCGCCACCAUACAUGCAGGUGGUCCACCAUCCAUUCAUGAAAAACGACUUGUACCCCAACCAUGUUUCAGGUGUGCCAAGUGCCGCCACUGUGGUAAUCGUAAUGUGUAUCGCCGCCCUGGUGGUUGUGGUGGUUCUAGGCAUCUACCACAUCCAUGUGACUCACCAGCAGGAGAUGAGGCUGGCAGAGAAAAAUAAAGAGACCGACAUGAAUUGGGACGACUCUGCUCUGACAAUCACAGUCAACCCAAUGGAGAACCUGGAGGAGCCCCAGGCAGCAGAGGAGGAGGCCAGCGAGGAAGAUGAAGAAGAAGAAGAUGAGGAGGAGGAAGACGAGGAGGAGGAAGAGGAUGAAGAGUUUACCAGCACUGAGUCAGAUGACAGUGAAGAGGAAGUGGACGUACAACUACCAAGCAUGCAACACUCAAGCAAAAAGGGUCAAAGCUGGAAAAACACAAGAUGUUACUAAACACACUUUCACACUGUCUUACUCUCUCUCUCUCACACACAUACACACACACACACACACUUUCGCCAACACAUCAAUACUGAAAGCUUACAUCAGAAGGCUAAAAACAGAAAAACAGACUUUAUGCUCCAAAAGCAAACAUAUUAUCCCCCCCUCACUGGAAGAUUGCAAACAGACAAAAAUAAUUUAGCGUUGUAUAAAAAACAUUUGUUUUGUUACGGAAGAUAAAAGAAAAUGUGAAUUAAAAUUUGCCUCACCAAAGUUCACCAAAUUUAG